AUGGAGUGGGAAGAAGCUGAUAUCAAACACAAUAAAAAUGACGACCUUAGCAAAAACUCGAAAUUGCAAUACUAUUUAUUACCGCCAAGGCAACAGAUAUUUUAUCAAAAACUAGCUUUCGCAAUGAACGUCUUUAGGAUGGGAAGUCGUACUUGGUGGGGUUUCCCUCCCGUCCACAAGAUUUUUGUUUGCAAUACUUGGCUGAUGGUCUUCGUCAGCCCGAUCUGUUUGAUUAUGCAAUUUAUAUACAUGUAUAUAAAUUUUGAUGAUCUCAAUUUUAGAACUUUGGGAACCAUGUUUUCCAUUAUUCCAGCAACUGCCGUCGUAAUGUUAAAGAUAUUCAUUUGCAUGAUACCGGCUUACCCUCAAAUAAUGAAACAACUCAUGGAUAAAAUACAUCUGUACAAUUUUAUAGGCAACGAGGAUAUUUUCAUAAAGAAGAAAUUAAUCCAAGUCGAACGCUAUACCCGUUGGAUCACGCUAUGCCUUAUAACAUUCAUACUUUUCGACUGGCUUCUAUGGAUCUUCAUUCCUCUAAUGAACAAUAUAAAAAAUAAGGAAUUAAUAGAAAAGCGUGUGGUACGGAUGGAAACGUGUUUGUAUUUGUGGAUGCCGUUUGACUAUGGUUAUGACUACAAUACAUGGGCCAUAACUCACGCUAUGAACGUGUACCUCGUUGGCACUGGAUGCUGUGUCUUUGCUCUUUAUGAUUCUAUUAACUUUAUUUUCAUUAUUCACUUCCUGAGUCACAUUGACGUAUUGAGAUAUAAGAUAAAAACUUAUUUUGCUCCAAAACUAGAUGAAUCUAAAACUAAAAUGAUGAUUGUUGACAUUAUAAAAUAUCAUUCUUUUAUUUUAAGCACUUUUAAAGAUAUGCAAGCUGCGUUUGGCAUGAAUGUAGCUAUAAAUUAUGCCCACAAUCUAAUUGUGGACAGUUUACUACUAUACCAAAUAAUGAUCGGGGAUAAGGCAAAUAGGCUUUCAUAUGUUAUAAUGAUGCAGUUUCACAUGGGAGGCCUGAUACUAAUGUCGCUUGCUUUAGAACAAAUACGUAUUAAGACGGAUGACCUGCCUCUGCUGUUGUACAGCGUGCCUUGGGAGAAAAUGUCGGUGCCUAAUCAAAAGUUACUAGUGCUAAUAUUGCGCCGAAUGCAGGCACCCUUGGUUUUCAAGGCGUCUGGUGGUCUGAGAGCUGGAGUGAAGCCUCUGGCAUCGAUUCUUAAAUCAACAUUUUCGUAUUAUGUUAUGUUGAAAUCUAGUAUGGAAUAAAAUAUGUAGGCACUUAAGGCACCAAGCACCAAGAGGGUACCUGAGGCAGCUGACAAUAUUGACG